UGUGUUUCUGUGUGUAAACGCUGAGAGGGGAGAUGUGUGUGUCGGUGUGUGUGUGGGUGUGUGUGUGUGCUGUCAGCGCGGCGCUGCUGCUGAGUGUGUGUUCAGUCCGGGGCUCAGAGCUGGAGAUCAGUGUGAGGGCGGAUACACCGGUCAGGAGGAUCACAGGCUUCUGGAGGAGCACAGGCUUCUGCCCUCCACAGCCCCACACCAGCGCUCAUGUGUUUGAUUUGAGUAAAGACCAGCAGUUGAACCUGGCGCUGCUCGGCUCGGUGCCACACUCGGGUCUGCAGCAGGUCCGGAUCCACUGGCUGCUCGAGCUGGUGUCUGCACGGAUAAUAAACGGUGAAUAUCACUACAACUUCACACACCUGGAUGAGCUGGUGGAGCUGCUGUGGCAGAACGGCCUGCAGCCUGGCUUCGAGCUGAUGGGCAGCGUCAACAACACCUUCAGCGACUUUGAGAACGACACGCAGGUGUCUGAGUGGAAGCGCCUGGUUUACCUCCUCGCUCAGAGAUACAUAGAGAGGUAUGGCAUAGAUGUUGUGUCCCAGUGGAACUUUGAGACGUGGAACGAGCCAAACAAUCACGACUUCGACAACAUCACCAUGACGAUCCAGGGGUUCCUGAACUACUAUGACGCAUGUUUGGCCGGUCUGCGUGCUGCCAGUGUGUAUCUGAGGCUCGGUGGUCCGGGGGACUCGUGUCACACUCCUCCUCACUCUCCGUACUGCUGGGCCUUACUGCAGCACUGCCACAACACACACACACACUCCGACACACACAGUCUCCACUACAUCGCCCUGCACAAGAAGGGUGGAGGUGGUACCUUACCGAUCCUGCAGCAGCUGAUCGACACGAUGCAGGAGAUCCAGCAGCGGUUCCCUCUGUUCCGUUCACUUCCUGUGUAUAACGACGAAGCGGAUCCGCUGGUCGGCUGGAACAGGCCGCUCGUCUGGCGCGCUGACGUCACCUACGCUGCCAUGGUGAUCAAGGUGAUCUCUCAGCAUCAGGACCUCCUCAUCGCUGACGUGAACAACACCAUCAACUUCACGCUGCUGAGCAACGACAAUGCGUUCCUAAGUUACCAUCCGCACCAGUUCACCCAGCGCACGCUAACCGCCCGCUUCCAGAUCAACAACACACACACGCCUCACGUCCAGCUCAUACGCAAACCCGUCCUCACCGCCAUGGGCCUGCUCGCUCUGCUAGGUGAGCAGCAGGUGGAGGUUACCACUGUGACGCGCAACCCUCAGGAAGAGAGUUCAGUGGGCGUGCUGGCGAGUGUCCACUUACCCCCACACACACACCCUAAUGAUAGCUGGCAGAGCGCCGUGCUCCUGUACAACUGCAGAGACAACGUCACCUCGAACCACUCGGACACCGUCACGCUGAACAUCACCGGAGCUCCCACACACACUGACGUGAUGUACGUGAUGCGCUACAUGGACAACGUUGUCAGUAACCCGUAUGAAGUGUGGAGGCAGAUGGGCAGUCCGGAUUACCCCACAGUGCAACAACUCACACAGCUCAGGGGUCAAGAGGACGCUCAGACAGAUGGUCCUAUCCCACUCCCUGCUCAAGGAGUCGUGUCUCUUAAACUGAAGCUCCCCGUUCCCUCCAUCCUGCUCGUCCACCUGUGUGCUCGGCCUGUAAACACACCCGGACAGGUGAACGCUUUACGUUUCGUCUCCAUCACUAAAGGCCAAGUCUUUAUCGUGUGGAAGGACCACAACGUCGGCACCAAGUGUGUAAAGACGUACGAGGUAGAGUUCUCUAAAGACGGAGUUAUAUUUGAGAGGAUCAAUUUCAGAGAUACCGUGUUCACCUCUCACACCUUCUCACCAGAGAGCCUGGACGUGUGUGGAUUCUACAGAGUGAGAGCCGUGGACUUCUGGAGACGAGCAGGACAAUAUUCUCCUACUGAGAGAUACACAGAGUCCUGCUGACGGGGAAACACGUCUUAUUUACAGCAAUUCUAGAUAUUGUUUAUGAUCUAAUGAAUGUGUUUUAUAUGUAAUUUUUUUUUAUAAUCUUAUUAAAUUUCUCACUAAGAA